GUUAUGUAAAUCAGCGACUGAAUGUCUGAAAUUUGCUUUUCACCUUAGUGUUGCGGUAGAGCGUUGGCGGAGUUUAAAUAAGCUUAGUUGUAUUUACCUUGCUACAUUCAAUUGAGCGCUCAAAACAGUUUGAUACUUCAUGACAUGUUGCUCCUCGGAUUUGAUUUAGGUGGAAGAAACUUGAGCUUAUGUCGAUGAAAGACAUACCGUGCAUCAUCAGAGGAGUGUGGCCGGCCAGGGCUUGUAAUUACGACGGAUGAGCCAUGGUCUUGACUGGUUAGCUGCGUAUUAUGUUUUAUAAAGGACGGAAAGAAUGAGUUUCAUGAAUUGAGUAACUCUCAGAAGGGCUAUGGAAGGGCUUGAUACCUCCUCAGCGGCUUACCGCACGGAGAGCGAGGGUAGUACAACUAGCGAUGACCGAGAAUCACUUCGUGCUCAUUUGGAGCGAGAAUCGCUCGGACAUCUAAGCGCACUGUUUCCCGAUGAUAUGUCGCUUAACUACUUUCAAAGUCUCUGCGAGGACGAUUUGGAACACGAUUACAAUGUCAAGGAUGACAAGGAAAGAGAACUCCUGAUGCACUCUAUUUUAAAACUACGAGAGGAUUUUUUGGCAGACGAGGUAACCUACAGCUAUCGUAAACUUACAUAGUAAAGCUUGACGGUGCAUGACCGUCUUUUAAGUGUCCGUAGUUUUUUAACAUGAUUUGAUCAAAUAAUCUUGGUUUAUGUGCUGAGUGAAAGGUAUUUUAUUCUUCCUAUAUGGCAAGCAUUUUUAAAUUUUCCCUAGGUCGGCAACAUAUAGGAUGCAAUAGAAAAGGAACUUCGAAAAUUUCAUUGUCAAUGCGUUGUGCCUCGAGUGUGUUUUAAAAAGAUGAUGUCUCCUUGCUUUUCCUUUAUAAAUCUCUACAGGCUGAUAUGUUUAUCUUUUCGGUAAACCUUUCAGCGUGAAAGCACUGGCACUGAACUUUUGUUGCAGUUUUUUUUUUUCGAGUUAUAGUCCUUUGAAUUUCAACUCUCGUAUGGUUCAAAAUGUAAAUAUAUAGGUUGGCUUAAGCUUUACGUAAGCUUGUAUAAGCUCCACAGACUGAAAAUUUAUUGAGGUAACGAUCAAACCUCAACUGACCCAGUUCAUCAUAAGAGUCGCGAGUUUAAUUCUGUGUUGCGCCAGGUAUUUGGCACUACUCCUCUAAUUAAUUCUUAGAACACUUGAUCUUAUCCAGAUAUUUUCGGCUGUGUUAUUUCCUUUGGUUAAUUCCGAUGGGAGUUUCCUGUCAGCCCAGAAUUAACUUUUGUUGUGAUCUAUUCAGCGCUGUUUUGCAUGUUUAUUUUGUUGACGCCUUUCAGGAUAAUAUGAUGUUGUACUUUUCGCGAAGUCUAAAUUGUAAACAUUCAUGUGCGCGAGGACCGCGGGUAUAGUUACAACAGCAGGUCACUGUUAAACAGUGUAGAAUCUAAUACUAGAAGUAAGACAUGAAAUCAUAAAACGUAAUUGUAGCAUGCAAUAAAGGCUCUAUAAGGAAUGAAAUUGUAUAGAUUUUAGCAUGUUGUUUUCAGUGUACUUUACGGUGUACAUGUACUAUGUGUAAACUGUAUCAUUUACUGCUUUGAGAUGGAGUAUCAUUGUGCUCACUCGUAUGUAAACAUAAACACCACAACAACAAUAUCUUCAUUUUUGAAAAAAUAAAUGCUUGCCUGCUGUUGGAAUGCUUGUUUUGUGUUGUAAAAGUGCCCAAAGUUCAGUUUAACAUUGGGAAAAAAUGGGUCAAGAUAGUAGAAGGUGAAUGGUUUAGCUGAAUUGAAUGAUCACACAAUGGCAUUUUAUUUAACUGAAAAGCUAUUGCUAUUACUACUAUUGCUGGAUAAAUUUAUCUGUGUUUUCCAAGCUAAUGCUAAACCUUAAAGGGUUUGUUGAAUGUUUUAGUAAACAUCAAAUCAUUUGGUUACUUGUGUAAAUAAUUUUUAAACAAAUUAUCAUUGGAAAAAUAACAACUCAAGCAAUGCAAUGCAGCAUUUUUUUUUUUGCUUAAAGUAAGUUGUUGUUGUUGUUGCCUUUUACCUACGCUUAAAAGAGGCAGCUCUUUCAAUUUGAAACUGCUUGUCUAGGUAGUGUGUAAAAUAAAUUUUGCAACUGUGAGAAGGUUUUUUCCCUCUCAGGUUAAUCUAGUUGGAUUUAGUUAUCCUUUGAAAAAAAUAUGGACCAUACACUGUAGGUGAUAGUUUAUAAUUAAUUUGUAAACAUUGAUUUUGUUUGUCGAAGAAACAGCCAUCUAUUUCAAGAGCCAGUAUUUAGGGACAUAAUGCAAAUAAUAUUAUAACCACUAACAGCAUACCUGGAAGAACUAUGUAACAAUAAUUUUGUUAUUUUUAUACUAAUACAUUAUUUAGAACUGUCAUCAUUAUUGAUCUCAUAAACCCCCUUGGAACUAUCAAAUUAUAUCUGUAAGAAAAAGCUGUUUGUAGAAAAUGUUUCAGUGUAGUUGUUCAAAUUUCAUCUAAGGCCAAAAGGUAUUCUCUUGCCUAGUGCAUGUAUUACAAUAUCAAACACUUUUUAUUUUGUUCUGUUUAUUUUAAGCUCAGUUUCAUGAGUAAGACAGUCCUCAGUAGCAGGAAACAUUAUUUAUUUGGAUAAUUUGACUGUACAACAGGGCAAAUUUCAGCUAGCUGAAAAUCUUUUGAUUUAAAGCUUUUUACAAGACAAAGCAUCAAAUUUGAGAAUGUUACUUGUCUACAAUUCUCCUACAAUUUGUUAGAAUAGGUAGUUGAUAUUCAUGAUUAACAUGCAAAGAUACGGGUAGAAGUUUUUGAUAAUUGAGAAGUAUAAUAUUGUUUGAUCAUGGCCCAAUUGGCAAGGGUAGACAGUGCAUCGCAUUCCUUUCACAGGAAUAAGCUCUCACCACACAUAUGUACAUAGUACUAACUACAGCUGUAUUUGCAAAUAUGUUUUGACUUUUUAUGACCUAUAUAACUGGAUUAUCAACUGCAUUUUUCUAUUUUUUCUCCCAAAUUUAGUCUGAUUCUGAACUAGACACCAGUACUGACUUGAAUGCAGAAGUUUUCUCAUCUUUGCCACGUAGUUUCAAGUUCAACCGGUCAAGGUUCUCAGAUGAAUUUGCAGAUGGAAGAGCAAAGAGGAGGGAGAGCUUUGGUUUUCCAUCAACAAGACUUGAUGAGUCAUCAAAUUUACUACGCAUGAGGGCAAAUCCAUCAUUAGGAAGCUCUGAACCUAACCUCUCUGGAAGCUGUGUAAGUAAUAAUUUGUCAUAAAAAAAUUAACAGAAGUAAUCUCGUUACACUUGUUCAUAAUUUUGUCUAGUGGACAGAAGUUAAUAAGAAACAGUCAACUCUCUUUAUAACAGAUACUCAGGGUGCAAAGAAAGUAAGUUUUACAGCUUGCCAUUCGGACAAGCUGUAGCUAGCAUGUACUAGCCCGAAAAAAAUUUGAUGAGCAGGAUUGAUUAUAGUUCUUCUGUUAUUUGAAUUCCUAAAAAAAUAUCAGUUGCCCAUCGGGCAAGUUAAAAACAGAAUUCACUAGCCCGAUAGCAAAAUCCACUAGCCCCGGGCUAUUGGACACUACUUUCUUUGCACGCUGGAUACUGCUUUGAUAGGCACUGUGCCCAUGUUAGAAAGUUGUCUGCCUUAAUAGAGAGUCUACAAAAAUGAGCGAUGAAUGGCAGGAAUUAACUCCAAGUGACUGUAUUCUAUAGAUGUUCCUUUUCAAUAGCAGUAAAAGAGUGCCAGUGGUAUUUCACUUGUAGUAAGUUACAACAAAAGUGUUAAAGGCAAACAAGAGGGAAAACAACAGUAAUAAACAAAAAAGAAUGCCGAGAGAAAAAUCAAAAGGAAAGGAAUAAAAAACGUAAGGAGUAUUAGGAAGUUGCUUGUGAAACAGGCUUUUAUGGUGUUACAAACAAAUAAGACCAAAGGGAGAAUUAAACAGGAUAUUAUGCUGUUACAAGGUAAUAAGAUAAAACGAAAAUAUGCUUAUCUUAAUAUAAGUUGCCAUGUAAACAGGCUAUUAUGCUGUGACCAAGUGAUAAGGUAACAAUAAGUGCAUCUUGUGGAAUUGUGUUCCUUUUCAACCCAUUCCUUGCUUCUUAUUAUUACUGUUCUUCUUUGUCCGUUUUUUUCAGGAUACUAAAAUUAUUUUUUCUUCUUAUUUUAGAAUGACAUAAGCCGAAGACCAAGGUACGUUACCAAGACAAUAUUCAUGCAAUACUAAUCCACAUGCUCAGGACACCUAUUCUUCAGUGUGGUUGGUUACAAUAUUAUCUUAAUGUUUAAAAAGCAUAAUUUUACAGAUCAGCUAGUCUCUUGAAUCUGCACCUCAUAGACACUCGGAGGCAGAUUUAAACUUGAUGCCUUUUGUUAAAAAAACUUCAUUGUCUAAUUGCUGUUGUCUUAGACAGUUAUGAUUUAAAAUGAAUAUUCAGGAAUUUUUAUCCAUCAUUCGAUCUUAACUAUCGUUUACUUCAUGAUAUUUUCAAUGUGUGUUAUCCUGAGGGCUUGUACAAGUCAUUGUUCAGUCAAUGAAAGAAAUGCAGCCUUUCCAAUUUUCAUUCUACUUUGCAGUAGAAGCCACAUGUAGUCAUUGACUACCUAUUUUAUUUUUUGCCCUCAAAAUCCUCCUGCAGUAAUUGCAGAUGAUGGAAUAUGCAUAUUUGGUUUUCUUUUUCGAAUAUACCUUUGCAUUUAAGUGAAAAUCUACUUAAAAGUUGACCGAUUUACUGGAAGUUGAAGAGAAAUUUUCAUUUCCUUUUCUAAGAGAAACGACAACAGAAGGUGAAAGGAGCACAAUUUGACUCCCUUCUUAAGCAUUAAGUUUUGUUGAUGCGCUCAACAAAAUUUAUUCACUGCUUGAUUUAUUCCUCUUGUUUAUUUUUCUGCCGAUGUCUUUCUUUUUUGGUGAGCAAUAUUCUUUUCAAUGUUGAACGAAAAUCUUCUUCAGUCUUCAUAGUUUGGAGAUCCUCAUUGCAUUCCAAAGCUGACACUGUAAUGCAUCUUCCGGAAGUGCGUCACACGUAGCAACAUAGUCAUGUAUCAAAAUCCGAGGGGGGCUUUAAUUAGAGAGGUCAUUUAGCAUGAGAAUUUUACACAGCAUUGAUUCAAAACGGUGGGCAAGAAGGUCUGACAUGGCUGUAUCGUCAAAAAACAGUUGAUUUUGAGAAGAAUAGACAGUUUUCACAGUGAUUUGUCAAAUUGUAAAGUCAAAAUAGCGAGGUUUUCAAAUUCUUAUUUAUACUAGGUUGAAUAUAAGCAAAAAAUAAAUCUUUGUAUAAGUUUCCAGUCCCGUAGGAUGUUUCAUUGCGAUAAGACAGCAAUUUGGAUUUCCAAGUUUUCACAGUAUGCAACACCAAAAUAGGAAUGCUGUCUCAUUGAAAAAAAGUCUCUCCUCUUGAUUUUCAGGAGUAUAACCAUUUCAAGUAUUAGAAGAUAUGUUUAUGCGCAUGUAUGCUAGUUGUUGAGUGAAAAGAAAGAGCCUUUAUAGAAAAAGUGAACUACAGAUGUUUUUGUUGAAUUCUGGCAGCAAUAUUGGUGGACCAAAAUGGUACACCAAUAUGGAAUCUCUCUACAAAGCUCUACAAAAGAGCGAGAAACAUUUUGGCAAAUAACUCAGAAACUGUGGGCCACAAAGACCUGAGAUUUGGACAAUGGUUUAUAUAUUAGUCUUUUACAACAUUUCAUUUUCUUGGCUUCUUCCACUGGACAGUUUCCAAUUUAUUUUUUUUGUGCCGUGUUUGCUGCGUGACAGUGAAAACAAUCCAUAUAACCUAUUUUUUACAGUGAUAAAGCAUCGAUUAUCAUGUGAUUAAUUUACCUUGACUUACGGGAACCGCCUUUUUGAGGGAAUGAAUGAUAAUUUUUUCAUGAAAUUUGGCAAAUACACCAAGAGCAUAUUAAUGAAGAUAUCUGUGUUUGACCUAAGGUUAGAAUGGCCAUAGAGCUGAGUUAUUAAUGUCAAAAAGUGGAUCAAAUUACUAAAUAGCACAUUGUGCCCCAGAAGGUAGAUUAUAUGGAGCUGAGUCAUGGUUGGACACAGGAUUUUUCUAUUUUAUGUCCUUAUUUGUGUUACAUUUCUUUUUUAACAAUAACUCAGAUUAAGGAUUCUUCUAAAGUUUUUAGUUUAUAAUUAUUCUCUUUUUGUGCCACCCUAGGGGGGAAUUAAAUUUACACCUUUUGGGUGACAUAGCAUGGUUUUAGUUUUAUAUAUUUUAGUUCCUCAAGAACCAAGGAAUACUGUCAAUGUACUGAUAUAAUGAAAUUAUCCAUAAAACAACUAUUAAAAAUGAUCCAAAAAUGUGCAAAAUCUGCUGGUGCAGAUAUCUUAAAUUUAAGAGCAUUUGAAAUAUUAUAGAUAACUGCUAAUAAGGUGACAUAACAUGCUUUGAAAGUGUACUUGCUACUGAUUGAGUAUUAUUUUUAUUCCAUGCUACUUUUUUUUCAACAAUGAAUUUGACUAGUAAAUUCUAAAUGCUAAAAUGAGCACAGUAGGCUGUUGUGAGCCACUGUGAAGUUUGUUAAUUCACAAUUUGGAUGUGAUACACAUUAUACUCCAACAGCACAAGAUCACAUUGAUUUGAAAGGUUCUGCUUAUAUAGCAGCACACUGUCAUAAAACUCAUUAAUUAACAUCUGCGUCAAUUUUACAUUGAAAAUUUACAAAAAUAUAUUUCCUCUUUUUCAUUUAUUUAUCUAAUCCGUUUUGCAUUCAAAGAACAUUCAAACCAAAUAUUCAAAAUUUGAAGCCCAAAAAUGCACAGGCCUUCUUGUUUAUUGUCAAUACCUACAUAUAAUGUGGACACAUGGUCAAGAAGUUUCUUUAAUGUUGGCUGCUGCAUUUAGUUUGUGGUAUAAGAGGAUUUAUUGUAAGUGUACAGGUACACCUUUAGGUUGACACAUUGCAUGAUCAGAGAUUAGUUUCCAAGCUAUAAGCAGUGAUAUUCUGAUUAAUUUCUGUUGUCAUUGAAAUUAAGUUUGUGGCUCUGUUUUUUGGUCAGUCACAGUUCAGUUUUUUGUGUAAUUUUGUGUCACUUUCUUUUAACCUGUUAUCAAAGAAUUAAUUUCUUUGACUAUACAAUGUAUGCAAAAACAGAGCAAAUACAAAUUCAAACAAGGUAAAAAUUGAAGCAUGCCAUCUGUAUUUGCAGCUUAUCUGAUUAUAAUAUUAUUUUUGUGUUUCUUAAAUGCUGCUUUAUGUGGAACAAAGUAAUCCUUAAACUUGUGAUUUAGUUGGUUUGUAAUAUUAUAAUCUGUCUGGUGAUGUGUUCAUAUAUACGUUCAAGUGAAGUCUAAAGGUAUUGUGUGCAUGUACAUGUAUUAGGCAUACAUAUGUAUAUGUUAGUAAAGUUAAGAAUUAAGGUAGUCAAUAUGUUAUGUCAUAUAUUAAUCUGUGCCGGCAUAUUCCUCGUAAUUCAGUUUCUCUUUUGAUUGUGAAAUUAAACACCAGUAUUUUUUUAGCAAUAAUAACAGGCUUUGGAUGUUAUUAUUAUAACAUGUACGUUGUAGGUUGUAGAUUUCACUUUCAUUGUUUCUUUGGUUAAAACAUUUUUAUAUAAUUAAGAAAUGAAAAAUAAACUAUAUUAUUUACUCUUGUAGCAGAAAUUUUUGUGUUAGUACAUUUUUGUGUCAGGUAUAUUUUUUUGUGAACUGUACUUUUUUACCUUGAAAAAUACUUUUUAUCUUUUCAAGUUUUCUUAAGUGGUAUAGUUUUUCCUAAGACUUUAUCAGCAAUCUUGGAUAGUGUCAUUUUUUAUUAUGUAAAUCUGAAUUUGAAAGAAGCCUGAUGCUAAUAGGAUACUUGUAUGUGCCAAAAGGAAGACUUACAGAGACACAUUAUUAAUUUUGAUGGGCAGUCUUUCAGUGGUAGGGUAGGGUAGUUACUGAGAAAAGAAAAAUUUGUGAUACACAUUUUCUAUACAGUGUUUUUGUAUGUUCACAAUGAUUUGUUACUUGUUGUUGCAUCAGCUUGAUGGAACACUUCUUGUCAAGGUUUGUGCCAGUACAUUUAGGUUAUUUGUCUGGUGUUUAUGGCAUUAAUUUUAGAAACUAUUACAGGAAAAUUAUUGCAAAGGAUAAUUCCAUUUUACCAUAAAUUGUAGCUAAAUGUAGUGUUACAUUAUUUUAUGUAUAUACAUGUACUUGUAGUUAUAUAUUUUACCUUUAAGUCAGUGUACGAUAAUUAUAAUGUAAGAAGCUGAUUUUGAAUGCAAAAAAGAAUCCUUAUGUAGGUAAUAAAGAUAAUUGACUUAGGUCCAGUAGAAUGCAUCUGAUUGUUUACAAUUUGUUCUAUUGAGUCUAAUUCAUUGAUUUGUUGUUUUGAAUAUGAAAGUGUAAGUUAAAUGCAGCUGCGGUAUUGUGGUGAUAAUUAAAAGUGUUUCAGUCUGAGGACUGUAAGCUUAGAUUAACCUUGUUGUAGAAAUAUGUUUUUAUUUCUAUCACUACAUGUAAAACUGAAAUCCACAGUUCACCCUGAACAGUAAUAAAUUAUUAGUGAUGCUGGUAAAGUAACCUUAACUGAACUGAAACAUGUUUGUGAGUUUCAUCUUAGGGUUGAAAUUGCAGUUUGCCUUAUUUGGUUAUGAGACCGUGAGCCUUUGAUUCUACAAAAGUAAUGUAAAGCAAUUCACUAACUGCUUCUGUAACGAGUACAGUUUUUACAAAGCAAUGUCUUGAAAAUGUGACAGGACAAAAUUAAAUUCAGGUCAAAAUUUUUACCUAAGUUGGUUCCCAAUUUCCUUUGUCUCCUAGCCCUAAUUUUUCAUUAAUUAGGGCUGAGACAAAGAAAAUUGAGAGUCAACCUUGGUUAAAAAAUUUUGACCUGUAACAUGUACGUGUCUGUGAAAUAUAUAGUGGACUCAUUUCAUAUUUAACACAUAUGAUAGUUAAUACAGUAUGCAGUUUGUGAAUAUUAGAGUAGAUAUAAGUGUAGUUCUUUUACAGCUACAAGUGAAUAUAUUUUAGAAGCAUGAAAUAAUGUAUUUACAGUGACAGUGGCAGUGACAGAGAAUGUAAAUACUUUCCUAUUGGUAUGCACGCAUAUGAGCCGCUAUGGCAUUAAUUGACUCUAUUGUUAUUAGGUAUAUAAGGUUUUGACAGUUGUAAUGUAUUCAUCUCAGCUCUCGAACUAUCAACUUUUAUUUUUAUAUCUUACUUUAUUCAUCUAUCGAUUGAUUUUUUACCUUUUAACCCCCAGAGGUCGUGCGACCGCAUCAGUUGGGGAAUACGUUCCCAAUUUUUUCCCGUUGGGUUUUUGGGUUUUCGUAUCAGGCCGCGCACAUGAAUAGUUUAGCCUGAGUGACUUUAUUUAGGAAUAUUUGUAUACCAUUCUUUAGUUAUGAUGUUGACCUUUGUAUGAUAUUUAAACGGCAUUAAACAGUCAGGCUCCAUAGUUCAAGCUGCACACCCAGCCACUCCAUAGUUCGAGCUGCACACCCAGCCGCUCCAUAGUUUGAGCUGCACACCCAGCCACUCCAUAGUUCGAGCUGCACACCCAUUCCCGUCUCUUAGUCGUGAAUAUAAAUAGGAACAUAAGUAUACCACUGUUAAAACUCUUAAUAGAAUCCUUGGGAUGCAGAAAACAUGUUGUUAACUGUUGGUAAAAGUGCUUAUGAGAAUGAUAUCAAAAACUGGCAAAAAGGAUGAUGGGCGAUAGGUGAUGCCUACAUGUAUAUGAGCUACCAACACUUGCGCUGUACUGAAUAAUCUCUUAUAAUUCUGGGAGGACUAUGCCAUACAAAAUCAUUGUUUGUUUUAUGCCAUUUCUUCUGCAAUCGUGUUAACACAGAUUGAGCACAUGUUUGCACUGUUGACAGAGGAUAAACAGCAGGGUUUUUUUCCUUUUUGUUGGCCAUUUAUAAAUUGAAUUAUGGGGGCUGGGAAACAAAAGAAAAGACUGAACUAUACUCCCUGGAUGUCUCCGCAUCAUUAAUAGAACUGCUUACAGGAGUGUGUUAAAGUGGGGUUUGUAUGGUAGAAUGAAAUGGUAUUAAUUUUCGUUAUUAAGGCAACUAGUGAAGCUGGUAACAUUCUUCUCUUUGUGCAAGCAGCCACAAUGAUGAGGGUUGAUUGAAGAUUCAUGUGAGAUUCCAACAGAGCUAAAAAUAAAGUUCGAUGUAAGAUUUGUUUUUUCACUUUGUGGCUUUUUCCUACAUGCACUACAGCUUAAGUUGCAGAUCAGCAUCAAACAUGAAGGGUUGAGACCUUGAAAAAUGGGUGCGAGCCUCCUUAAAUCCAUAGCAUUACAAAUCUAAAAACCAUGAACACUUCAAGGGAACAGAACAUGUACAUUAACUAUUAAAAUUUUGUAACUGACAUCUUAACUUAUGUUUCACUCGCUACAAAGUGGAGUAUCAAAAAUGUACACAUACAUGUAUAUUUUGAAGAUUUGGAAAUUAAAUGGGAAUAAUAAUAUUGUUAUUUAGCCUUUGCUUCUAACUCUCCGUUAAUUAUGUGUAAUUGCAAUUUUAGAAGUUUGUAAUAACUGCAGCUGAUGUUUUGAGCUUACUGACCAAAAUUAAUGUAUUAAUCUCAAGUAAACAGGCUGCAUUCUCCCUAUGUAAAGGGUUAACAUGCAAUCUGCUUGCAUAAUAGUUAUCAUUUAAAUGAACUGUACAUAACUGACUAAACUACUAUGCGAUGGGAUAAUUAAUUUGAUAAGUAGAAUUCUCUAAUUUGCUAACCAUAAAAGAGGCAAAGCAGGGCUCAAAGUUUAAAAUUGAGUUUGGGAGCACUUGUGCUACCAGAUGUAAAUUUUUAGGCCCACUGCCGAAAUUUUAAGCGCACAGCUGAAAAUUUUAGGAGCACAGCUUAUAAUGUUGGGAGCAUCUGUUUUGAACAAAAGAAAAAGUAAAGUUUAUUUGUCAUCUUCAGUUUGUUACUUUUACUUCAGUCCUGUGAUUGAUAAAACACAGCCGAUUUGCUACGCAGUAAUACCGUUGUGAUUUUUAAUACUAAUUUCUCUUUUUGACAGUACAGUUGUGACUAAAGAAAACUUACACUUGAAAAACAAUUCAAAACUGACAACGAUGAGUGUGUCGAACAAGAAUGAAAAUUAAUCUUUAAUGAAUAUGUUAAAUGCUCAAUGACUUGCAUGUAACUGGAAUACGAAAUAAAACACUUUCUUACCUGGAAGAAAAGGCUCUUAAUCGGCACUGUUUUUGUUUUGAUUGACGUUAAAACUGAACGUUCCACAUGAUCGAGCAUAUAUUUGCAUGUGUCAGCGGUGUUUAUUACAAAACAGAAGAGUCUGGGAUGGAGUAAAACAUCAAAACGAAAAAGAGCAUUUGAGUUCGUAGAAUCCAUUGGGAGAAAAGACCAAUUGAACAUACACCGUCUUUCUAGUUCGAGUUCGUAAGUAUAGUUGGAAGUAAGUCAGUUGUUGUCAGGCCCCUUAUCUCCCAAUCUGCUGCGGUACUAGUCUAUAACUCCUUAAUUCAACCUCACUUUGAUUACUGUAGCCUCGUUUGGGAUGGCUUAAGUGAUCAUCUGAGUGACAAAUUACAAAAGUUACAGAACCAUGCAGCUAGAGUAAUUUUAAAGGCCAACUAUGGGACUAGCUCGAGCCUGCUUCUGGAUAUACUCAAAUGGGACAAAUUAGUUAUAAGGAGAAAGAAGCAGAAAGCAAUAAUGAUGUUUAAAUCUCUAAAUGAACAAGCUCCAGUGUACUUGCAGAACCUAUUUCACGAACGAAGCACAGACUAUGAUUUGCGCAAUUCCUUUCAUGAAUUGACGUUGCCCAGGCCGCGUACUAACUACUUGAAACAAAGUUUCAGUUACAGCGGUGCUUUGUUGUGGAACUCUUUACCCGAAAAUGUGAGAGAAAUUAAAUCAGUCAGGAAAUUUAAAGAGCAAAUCAAACAUGUAUUUGAGUCAUCGGACUCUCACUCGGCAGUCUUGUAAAACAGAAUGUCGAUAGUUUUUAGUCUAAUUAAUUGUAAUUAGAUUUUUACUCUAUUAUUACUGAAGAUUUUACCGAGUUUUAAAUAAAGAAUCUACCUACCUACCUACUGUGCUUUGCAUGGGUUUUACGGCGCACAGGUGCGAUUACACAUGAAUUUUUAGGCGCACAACCAAAAAUCCAGUCGCAUAUGAGCCCUGCAAAGUCCAACAUUUGUACUGAUGUGCUACUGUUUAGUACUUCUUAUCCAGACUUGCUGCUUAGGCCAAUCAUAGUAACUAGAACAGCCAGCACCUUUAUUAAAUGUAUACCUUUGUACAAGCAGUAAAAUUGAAGAAGUUAGUAGUCAGAAUUUAAGGCUGUUUACCAGUAACACUACAUUUUUAGUUUUUAUGUUCAUAUACUUGCAAGUACUUGAUUAUUAACAGGUGGUUCUUUUCUAUUUUGAAUGAUCAGCUCUUUUAAUGCUGGAUCAAGAAAAGCAGGAAGAAGUUAUACCACAACAAGUUCCAUGCCGUCGUCAAACUCUGGCAGACCUUAUUCACCAUUUUCCCAUCCAUUUCAAGGUGCACAAGUACUAUCUGUGAUUUAUUUUAUUUUUUAAAAUUUUUUGAAAGGUCCUUCAAUGUAAUACUACUAACUUUUGUGGCCAUCUAAAGAUUUCCCACCUGUGAACUCAAAUGUUUAAUAUUUGGUGUCACCAUGUUGUUUUGUGGCAGGUACUGAAAGUCCAGUUGGCAGUCCGGGCUUUAACACUUCAAAUAUUAAUGCUGCUGCUGCUGCUGUUGGAGCUCAUUUCAGCUUUUCAACUGUUAGAAAGUAAGUUUUAUUACCUAUCAGGGGUGAUAUACACAAUAAGUCAGAAAAUUAUAACAAUUAUGAGUAGGGUGGGAUGUGAUUGUCUGGGUUAGUGUAGUCCUGACAGUGACUGAUGUUUGAAUAACCUGCGCUGAAAUCCGCUUUAGAGUCAAAGUGAGUUACAGGACAUCAGAAAGGGGCUGUUGAUGGUCCUAAACUCUGGUUAUUGACCUUGGGUUGGUCAAUUAUUGGUCGUCUCUCAGUUAAGCCAUGAUGUUUUUGGCUAAUUGGAGACUCCAAAUGUCAUAGGUGCUCUUUGAUCUGUCUUUUGUCAAAUUUUAAUACAUGCUUGUUUAUUUUUAAAUAUUUUAAGUCAUACUGCAUUCUUUUUUACACUUUUCUAGGGCUAAAAAGGUAAUAAGUUUUAUAAAAUAACUCCAAAGACAAGUUUCUUAUGGAAGCCCGAGAAAAUAAAUUUCAAAUUUCACAGGAAUUGAGAAGACACAGGUAAAAUACAUACAUACACACAUACAUUUGAAGCUUUUGCAGUUUGUUUUCUUGGGCUCCCUUAAGAACCUUUUCUUUGAAGUUAUUUCAUAUAACUUUUUACAUUUAUAGCCCUUGAAAAGUGUGAAAAAGAAUGCAGUAUGAUUGGCAUUAUUCUGCUACUAGCUAGGUUUUUGUCCUCUGAAAAUUAAAAUUACUCAGUUUCCCAAUGGAUCCCAUCUUACUUUUCUGCCUCACUCUCUGAAAGCCAAAACAAAAACUUAGGUAUAAAAAGCAAAUUUUUUUCUCGGCAUUAUCACUUUUUAAUUGACUGUUUUUCAAAAGCAUUGUCAUCAGAAUAUAAUAACACAGGGUUUGCAAAUUUUAUUGAUGAGUGGAGUCACUGUGACUUCUGCUUCACAAAUUUUGGAGUCAUUUAGGAAUAUUUGGAGUCGAGUAUCACAACGAUAAAAGCCAUUUUCAGACUUUCGAGCAUGUAGUCCUCUCAUGUAUACACUAUCGUGAUGGAUACACGAAGUAGCUGUGGCGGUCCGCUGACCUGGAAAGCUCAAAUCCAUGAUGGCGGUCAUCCAAUAAAUUUUGAUCGUAAUUUACCCUCUUCCUAUUUGGUCGUGCAGUAUAAUUCUUUAAUUUCGAUGAUUUAAUUAAGGUUUACAACGUUUACAAUUAACGUAAAUUUUAUUUGUUGUGAAAAAGGUAAGGACAAAACUGUGUUUUUUACCGAAAAUUUCUGCAGUCGAAGUGGCUCCCUGUUUGUUACCAAAAAUUUCUGGUGUCGAAGUGACUCCCUCCUUAACCUCUGUGGAGUCAUCUGAACAAUUUUGGCGUAAAAUACGCCAAAUUUGGCGUAUUUGGGAACCCUGAUAACAGGAGUGCUGCAUUAAAUCAUAAUUAACAACGUGAUUUUUGGGCCUAAAAUUAAAAUGUAUGAAUGCAUUGUUAAUGCAAGCCUUUUUUCCCUAAUCAGAGCUGAUGCUGGCGGACGGCGGUGGUCAGUGGCAUCACUAACGUCAUCUUCUGGAUACGGAACACACACUCCCUGUUCAUCUUCUUAUUCUGUGAGUUUUGUGUUGUGUGAUUUUAGCUGAGUUUUUUGUGUUUUUGUUUUUUUAUGUUGGCUAAAAACAGAAUUCUGCCUUGCUUACUUUUCUGAGUAAGGGUUGAUUUCCAGUGUUGCGUAAUUUUUACAUACGUAAAAUUUACAUUCACAAAUAAAUUAGAGGCAAUGCAUGGAAGGUUGCUCAUAAGCAUAAAAGUUGAACCUUGCUCAACUUCGAAUUCUUGUUUAAGCUCAACACUUUUUAUCUUGCCUCUAUUUUAUUUAUGUGAUUAAAAUUUACAUGCGUUAACGUGCAUAGCCAAAAACGCAUCAGUGGAAAUCAACCUUAAGGUAAAUUACACCUGCUCAGUUAAUGUGUGGUCUGGCUGAGUUUAAAGUUAAACCAGAUCCAAUAUGUGGUAAUGUAAAAAUGUUUCCCAUUUUUGUAUCAUUUGUUCAAUUAUAAAGUAAUUUUCUAGAAAACCACAGUAGGUAUAGUUCUAUUAGUAAUUAAAAUUAAUUUGUUUCUGUUUUUUUUUUCUUUUUAUUCAGUCUCUAGCGUCAUCACAAGAAAAACUUCACCAGGUAUUGUCUUUGCUCUUUGGUUUAUACUCUCCCUUAACUUGUUUUACCAGUUAGUUAUGGCUGCUAUAUAAAUAAACAAGUACAUGACUGUCUACCACUAAAAUUCAGUCACUUCAGGCUCUAUGUGUCAAAUAUCUUUUAUAAUUGUGUUCUGUGUUUUAAUACUAUGGUCAGCUGUUAACUUUAUCAUUGGUUAUUUGUUGUUAUGCUUCUUUUGCUGAAUACAGUUGCAGUUCAACUUGCCCUAUAGUGAGGAUCAAUAUAACUAUGGAGCACAUUUUAGGUAAAAGCAUAUUAACACUGUUCACUGAAAUCCUGGUAACUUGAGCCUUAAAAGGAAACAUGUGUUGCACUCAGAUUUCUGAUUUCUGCAUGUUUUUUAGGAUUGUCAUUUCUUCUUAUUUGUCAUAGGUAUAUUGUCAUGGUAAAACAAAAUCCUGCCUGACUAACUACAAUUCCUAAUAUGCUUAACUUAUGCCCUAGUAAAGGUGAAAAUAUCUCAGCUCUGUGAAUUUUUUUCUUUUAGUCUUGUUUUCUUUUGACAUUAGAUAUCACUCAAGCAGUGGAGCUCCAUUAUCACCACAUUAGCUCUAACAUUCGCUUUUUUUGGACUGAUGUUGAUUCUGAUUCAUAGAGCACAUAAUUUCAUAACAAGUUCUCAGCAAUAAAAUGUGUAAUCCACUCACUGAUCGUAUUGUGCAGAUCAAAGCUGUUUUAUUAUAAAAAAAGUGAUUUAAAUUCAACAUUGGUUUGUAUUUAUUUUAGUGCUGAUAGUGAUCAGGAUGAUGACACUGUAGGUGGGAGGUCACCAAAGCCCAGACAGAGGUCAAGAAGCCUUAGGUAAUGCCAUAGAUAGGUCAAUUAAAAACAGCAACAAGAUUAAACUUCCACAAAAAUAAAUUACCUCAUGUUAUCCCACUGAAGGCAAAAUCGUUUCAAAUCAAAAUACUGCAACAUACUAUCAAAAACUCAAGAGGGUUCCAUCAACCCCCCCCCAUACUACAGUGGAGGUAUGACUUUCCAUUUAUGUCUGGGGGUUAACACACUGUACUCAUAUAUAUAUCCAACUCUAAUGGUAUUAUGAGAUAGGGUAAUACCGACAGUUUCUAGUGGACUGACCAAAAUUUAAAUGAAUUUUUGCAUUUCUUUGCUUUUUGGGCAUAAUAGGGAGAGCAGUACACCCUGCCUUAAUCUAAUAGAUUUGCUGUUCCUGGAAAAUAUUUUAUUUCAAGUCUCUUAAUAAGUACAAUAAUUCUUGCAAAAAGUUAAUAAGACAUUAGGUAUAUCCCCUGGAAUUUAAAAAGUACAUCCUAAAGAUGUCUUAUGCUUACUAAGUAAGUAAGUAAACAAGUCUUGUUUGAUGCAUGACAUGCUUCAAAUUUUAAUUUUUUAAUCAUAGCAAGUGAGUUUGCUAUUACCAAAAUUUGGGGGAAGAUUCAAGUUUCUUGUUUUGCACUUCGAAACGUAAGAUAAAAGUGUACAUUAAAAAUAAUUCUAAAUAGUUUAGCUAACCAAUGGCACUAGCACCAUAUCUUUCAAUCCAUCUAUGCAGUGAUUUCGUAUAAAAGCUAUCAAAUGCCACCUCAGGCCACCUUUAUCAUUUAUUCUUUAUUUUCAAGUUGUGUUUCUUUUAUUAAGUAGACACCUUGUUUAUUUACCUUAAUCAUGAAGUGUAAAUAAAGCGAUUCAGGGUUAGGGUGGGGUGGGUGGGGAUGAUUGGUGUCAUCCAAGGGUUAAUCAUUCAGAUAAAGUUGUCAAUGGGCUUUACAGGCUUUAUGGGAAGAAAUAUAGGUUACUUAGUUUCUUAUUGUACAUUUCUCAUUAAAAUGUCUCAACAGCCCAGGAAGAUCUGCAGUCAUUCAAGAGGAUGAAUUACAGUUGUUAAACAACCUCUACAGAGAAAGAUUUCCUAAAGUAAGAUUUUUUUCCUGUAAGAUAGUUUUCUUCUCCUUUUCUAGGUGUACCGUGCAGUAGGCAAGACUAAAGAAAAUCCUUGGCAAAAAAUUUAAGUUAAUUUAUGCUUUCAGAACCUUCUUGAGCCAGUUGUUUCAAGCAGAGUCCAGAAACAUUGGUUACAAACAAAACUAAUCUUUUGUAACAAGAUUUAAACUGGUAUAAAAUAGUGUAAAUUGUAACUCAAUUUUUGUUUUAUUUAACCACCUAUUUUCUUGUAUUUAGGCUGUUACACAGAUGGAGGAGAAUAUAACUGUAAGUACAGUAUGACAAUUUCUCUGCUGACCCAUUGUUAAUCUAAGCAGCUCAUUACACAUGCGCCAGUAAUUCAGUUGUUCCUUUCAUGAAUCCUAUCCAGAUCACCCCAACUAUUUUAAAAUUGGUUUUUAUUGAGUUUCAGCAUUCAUUUUAGUGGAAUAAAAACUGGUUUGUUGUAUAUUGUGGUGCGCAACAAGUUAAGUAAAUAAAUUAUUAUUACCCAUAGUGAAAAUACUAAGGGAAAAUAUUGAAGAGGUUCUUACAGCCACGAUGGUCCUCUAAGCAACUGAUAUUAUUUUGAAUGGUCAUUCAUUUUCAAAAUGUAAAAAACGAAAGUGUCUGGGAAAGGGAAAAGGUUAUGAAAAUUGAAGAGAAUUAGAAAUCAGUUUAUUUCAAAGUAAUUUUAUGGUAUGGUGGUUCUUAGGAAUUGAUUCAAGAAUACUCUGAAGAAGGUUCCCUUGGACAUAA